UUGUUUAGUUUGUAUUCAUAGCUGUCUUCGAAAAUAACUAAAAAAUUUUGAUUAAAGAUCUGUCAAUGCGAAAUACAUUUAAUCUUCGCUUUUAUAAUGAUUCUUUCGGCGUUAGGACAACUCAGAAAACGUUUCCAAACGAAACAUUAUCAGCUACUAUUUUUAAAAAAAUUUAACAACGCAUGGAAGAUAAUAUUGGCAAAUCAAGCAUCUGAAUUUAAAGAACACAACAAAUAUUCCGUUCAUCCCCUUUAUGCGUUCAAUUUUAGAACCUACCAUCAUGAUAUGAAGGCUCCUGACUUCAGUGACUACAGAAGAUCGUCAACGAAUAAUCCCUCAAAAUACCAUAAGGAGACGAUAGACAACAGACAAGUUUUUACAUAUUCAAUCGCACUCGUAAAAGCCGUUGGGCUAUUAUACUGUACUAAGGGACAUGUCCUUCAUUACAUUUUAUGUUUGGCAGCCAGUAAGGACGUCCUCGCGUUGGCUAAGAUAGAAAUAAGACUGGCAGACUUACCUGAGGGUAAGAAUACAACAUUUAAAUGGCGAGGAAAACCCCUAUUCGUAUGGCAUCGCACCCAGGCCGACAUCGAUAAGGCCAGAGCGGUACCUUUGACUGAACUUCGACAUCCCCAAACAGACGAGCAAAGAACAAAGAAUCCGAAGUAUCUGGUGGUCAUUGGCGUAUGCACCCAUCUUGGGUGUGUGCCCCUUUCUCCGAUCACGGGUGAUUUUGGAGGGUUUUACUGUCCAUGCCACGGUGCACACUACGACUCCGCUGGUAGGGUGAGAAAGGGUCCUGCACCUUUAAAUUUGGUAGUGCCACCACAUUCGUACCCCGACGAAAACACUCUUGUUGUCGGUUAGCAUAUGU